AUGUUGCAGACUCAGACUCAACACGUUUUCUCCCACCAGCAUCAAUAUCCGCAGGCCGAGCCGUCGUGGUUGCAUCAGCAGCAACAUCACCAACCCCAGCAUCAUCCACAGCAGCAACAGCACUCAUCGCUUGCCGCACAACAACAUGCCCAAGCACAGGCUGCCGCUGCCGCUGCCGCCGCCGCCGCUCAGCAGCAACAUUACAAUCGCAUCGCAAUGGCAGGGAAUGGAUCGGGCGCUGGUAACCAGGGACAGGGCGCUGGCAACCACGGUGCAGGCUUGAACGCAGAUGGUUCAUCCCUUUCAGCUGGCGCUGGUAUGGAUGGCAAUAUUAGUGAGGAGAGCCGUCGAGUCUUUAUUUGGGUUGCAGAGCUGCUUGAUCCCAAUCGACGAGAAACUGCUUUGAUGGAACUCAGCAAGAAGCGUGAGCAAGUUCCGGAACUCGCUCUCGUCAUCUGGCACUCUUUUGGCGUUAUGACUGCGUUGCUGCAAGAGAUUAUUUCCGUCUACCCAUUGUUGAACCCUUCGCAGUUGACGGCCGCUGCCUCGAACCGGGUUUGCAACGCGUUGGCGUUACUUCAGUGUGUUGCUUCACAUAACGAUACCCGAACUCUGUUUUUGAACGCACACAUCCCGUUGUUUCUCUACCCCUUCCUCAAUACUACUUCCAAGUCUCGUCCAUUCGAGUACUUGCGCCUGACAUCCCUCGGCGUCAUUGGUGCACUCGUCAAGAAUGACUCUUCCGAUGUGAUCAACUUUCUGCUCACAACCGAGAUCAUUCCACUCUGUCUUCGCAUUAUGGAGACCGGUUCAGAGCUUAGCAAGACUGUUGCCAUCUUCAUUGUUCAGAAAAUCCUUUUGGACGACUUGGGCUUAAAUUAUAUCUGUGCUACUUAUGAGCGCUUCUACGCCGUCGGCACUGUUUUGAGCAACAUGGUGACUCAGCUUGUUGAGCAGCAAACUGUGCGACUUUUAAAACAUGUAGUCCGCUGUUUCUUGAGACUGAGUGACAAUAGCCGUGCUCGCGAGGCCUUACGGCAGUGUCUUCCGGAACCUCUCCGCGACGCGACGUUUUCGUCAGUCCUUCGCGAUGACGCUGCUACCAAACGUUGCUUGGCGCAGCUACUAAUCAAUCUUUCGGAUAAUGUGGACGCCGGAAGUGCUACUGGUGCCUCUAUGUGAAUGGACAGAUUUUUACGCAUACCAAUAUCCUCAUCCAUAGGAUGAUGAAACUUCACGACCUGCAUGGAACGGUAAAUGGCGAACUCGGAUAUAUGUUUCUUCAUUUGAUCUUCUAUUUCGUCUUUUUCUAUUAUCGGAUUUAUUACUUUCUCGGAAAUGACGUGCGAAAAGAACGAUCGUCAAUCUUCAGUUUCGUGGUGGAAUCGACUUUGACGGACAUGCCUGUUACGAAACGGCUGAACUAUUUCGCCCUGCAAUCUGGAAGACUAUCUAUUUCGUGCACAUAUGCAUGAUUCUAGGAAUGUUUCGUUGGUUUACAAGAAAUGGUCGGUAUAAUGAUUCUUCGGGGUGCUUUCAUUCUCAUUUUUGAAGCUUUUCCUCCCUUCUCCCCUGCAUUAUACGGUUGCUGUGUUUAUUGAUAUUCUUCACUUACCCUUCCUGCGCUAUAGAGUUUAGCUACACGAGUGAUACCAGGAUGUUUGCUUUUGCAUUUCUAUUUGUUUGAUCAUGUAUUCUUCCCUUCAACGAUUUUGCGACAAGGACGACCAGACGGUCUUCGAAUACUGAUCUUGGUGCAGUUGGUGUCAUCUAUUCGAAGGUCGACUGCUCUGUUCGGCAUGGCAGAAGGACGACAUGAAUAUUUUCCUGGAAAGUUGACGACGGACCCGGCGUUUACCUCGAUUCACAAAUUGUUUUUAUCCUUGCUGUCAUCUUUACUUUCCUGCUUGCACAAAGAAAAUCCUUGCUAUGUUGUACUCUACCAAAAUCUUGCGUCUUGUGUUCUGUCAUCAUUAUGAGAGGAAGCAUUCCAGAUAGGAAGACAUUUGGCUGCCUUCUAGAUGCUUUGUUUCUCAGGUCUACGUUGUUUCUCUGCUUCAAUUCAAUGUCUAUUAUGUCCUUAGGCAUAUGGUUGUAGCUCGUUGGAUUUUCCAUUGAGUGACCAGUUAUCCUCAUGGCACAUUGCCACAUUGUCAUAUUAUUAUCUAUCAAAAUAUAAUAGUUCACUU